AUGGCAUCCGUCCCCUCCGCCGGAUGCCUCCUGGCCAAGAACCAGUACUACAGGACAAGACUGAACUCGGAAUCCAGUGUUUCUUCCAGCUCCUCUGGCUCUUUGGAUGCUGUGAACAUCACAGAUCAGGGCAAAGAAUUGCAUGGGUUACCAGAGCUAAUUGAUAAAUAUUGGUGGAUAAAAAGCUUCUUCCACAGUGAACCCUCUCCACCAACUGUUGGCAGAAAAACACUGUCAGCAAGCAGGUUAAUGGUUGUCAUGGUUAUGCAUGACUCCAAGGUGUAUCAAGUGGCUGCUUCAGGGAGUUUACAGUCUUGGUAG